AUGGAAAUUAAUCCCAUCGCUGUCAUCCUUGUCUAUAUGGACAGUAAGGGGGAUCGUUUGCUCUAUCGAUAUCCCUAUACGGCCGACAAGGCAACAACCGCCCACACCCAGCUGCCAUCAUCCGGAAAUAGUACAUCGUCAUUGCCGCAUGUUGAUAGCAGCGGUAGUUUGACACAGAAAAGUUUCUCGGAGGUGCCGCAGAAGAAGCGCCACCGUUUCGCCUUGCAGAACGGUGAUGAUUUGCUGCAGACACAGCCGCUGAACAGUGCGGGAAAUAUUGCCGUAAAUAAGGCGGGUCAUUUGCAGGGUUUCUCCGAUGAUGUUUUGGCGCCACUCUUUGCCGUUAAACCCCAGCUGUGUAAUCAGAAAUUCGAGCUGAAGGUGAAUGAUGUGAGAUUUGUUAGCCAUCCGACAUUGGUGCCGCGACGGGAGCAGCAACAAAUGCAACAACAGCCUGCCAUGCAACGUUCUAAUUUUAUUAAUCCGUUGAGUGGUGGGGUAGCCGGAGGAGUGGGCCAGCAGCAACAACAGCCACAGCAAAUGCUGGUAAAUAUUGUGUUUGCUCUGCAUGCCCAAGCCAGCUAUUCAAUUGUGAAAUGUUAUUAUGAUUUAAGUAAACGUUUGGGCCUGGCCCUCAAGGUGGAGGAACAACGAGUGGGUUAUUUAACCGAGGAAACGGUAUUGAUGACACGCACCCAUGAUGAGGUUUCUUCACAGCAGUUACCCUUGGAGAGGGCAUUCGAUUUGAUAUCGGAACGUUGUACCCUGGCCCAAUCGCUGAAAUCCAUAUACCAUGAUUUGUGUACAACGGGACUGCUGAAUGCCACCAUUAAUCAGAAUCUUACACUGUGCUUUUGCCUGCCGGCCAAGGCCCAUCAGUUGCAUAAGAAAGGCAGUAUGGUUGAUCCGGAAACCAUAGAUGAUUGCCUGAAAUCGCUGAAACCCUAUCAUGGUAUGUUGUUACUGGUUGCUGUGGUGGAACUACUCGAUUGUAUCCCACCAGCAGCGGCUCGAAUGCUUUUCCAACUGAUUGAAGUCUAUACGCCGUUGAUGAGUUUACAAAGUAUGGCCUCAGAUGCGGAUCUAAGUAUCGAACAUGUCUAUAAGCUGGUAUCACAUUUGGUAUAUUGGGCCAAGGCCACCAUUAUCUAUCCGCUGUGUGAGACAAAUGUUUAUGUUAUAGCACCGGAUGCACCGCUCCACACCAAAUCACAUUUGGUUGAGAAAUUUUCGGCACGUUUUCCCGGUAUGUCGUUGUUUGAGGUGAUAUCGGAUUUUUCAUUGCCCACCAGUAUUGGGCAUUUGACAACACCACUACAGCAAUCGGCUCGACAGGGCAUUCUGGCGCAAAUGGUCCUCUGGAUGUUGCAACAUCAUUUGCUAAUGCAACUGCAUACCUAUGUGCAGUUUAUGCCCGGUGAUGUUGAUGAUAUGGAUGAUAGCAGUAGUGAUGACCAGGAGGAGGAUGAUGAUGUGGGUGCCGGUUGUGAACUAGAAUCGGCCUCAUUAAUGGAUUUGGCUGGCUCCAUUUUGGGUCAGGAUGAUAUGUUAAUUGCCGGCCGCAGUAGCAACAGUGAUGAUGAUAUGGUUGCCGGCUCGUUGUUAAGUUUAUCAAGUCAACCAUUACCCGUGCCACACACCAGUCGCCGCUCCAUUACUGAAGAUCGUUUUUCGGCCGGUGGUUCAACAACCUCGGAAAAUAUUGCUGCCCAACCCUCGUCAAGUCACAAAUCGAAUUUUAGCAUGACAGCAUCCCUGAGCACAGACAAUUGUGACAGCAUUGAUUCCAUCGAGGAUGAGGAAAAAAUUAAAGAACUUUUACAGGUAUUCGAUGAUGCCGAUCGGCCAGCCAUUCGGCGUAUACCAGCCUCAGCCAAUCUGGAUGAUUUGUCGUUAAUGGUCAAACUGUAUCAGGCGGGUUAUUUUAAAAGUGAACAUCAUCUGGAAGAGAUAAUGUAUUUUGAAAAUCUUAAACGUUCACAGCUUCUCCAGCUAUUGGAUAAAUUCCGGGAAGUGUUAAUUAUUUAUGAGACCGAAGAUCCGGCAAUAGCAUCAAUGUAUAACAAUAAAAUGCCAGGAGAGUGGUAA